AUGACCAGACUUCUUAAAUCAGUUCAACGAGCAUUCAACAAGAUAUCACCCACUUCAUUAGCUGAAAAAUGGGAUAACACAGGCAUCUUAAUCGAAUCACCUAUUGAAAACAAAUCAUUAACAAAUGUAUUAUUGACGAUUGAUUUAACUAAAGCAGUCUUACUGGAAGCUUUAGAUCAACGUUUUAAGAUUGGUGUGAUUGUAACUUAUCAUCCGAUUAUCUUUAAACCUUUAAAAUCGAUUACUACUCAAGAUCAUUUACAAGAAAUCUUAUUGAAUUGUAUUACCAAUGGAAUUAGUGUUUAUUCUCCACAUACUAGCUUAGAUUCAGUCAUCGGUGGUAUCAAUGAUCAUCUAUGUCAAAUCGUUUCAACCAAUCCAUCCAAUCCAAAUCCAAAUCCAGCUUCUCAUCAUGAAAUUUUUUCUAUCAAUGGUGAAUUGAUUAAUGGGAUUCCCUUGGAAGGGAUCGGAAUGGGCUCUGGUCGUAGGGUUACAUUUAAGUCAGAUCAACAAGUUAGUUUAAUGGAAAUCGUUAAUCGGUGUAAAGUAGGACUUAAUCUUUCACAUGUUCAACUUGCUCGGUCUAGUGUUGGUCAGUCUUUGAUUCGAUCAGUGGGUGUUUGUGCUGGAUCAGGUGCUUCGAUCUGUGAAGCUCUUGGAACAUCCUGUGAUGUGUUUCUGACCGGAGAAAUGUCUCAUCAUGAAGUCUUAAGAGCAAAUGCGCGUGGGGUUCAUGUGAUUUUGACUUCGCAUUCGAAUUCAGAAAGGUUCUUUCUUGGAAAGGUUUUAAAGGAUAGGUUAAGAGAACUUUUGCGUGAGGAUCAGAAGGAUGAACAGGGAGAUCGAUGGGAUGUGGUUGUUAGCUCUGAGGAUCGAGAUCCAUUGGUGGUGGUUUAG